CUUCCCCUUCAAACAAAUGAGCGCUCCCUAAAAGUAAAGGCACGUUUGUUCUGGAAAACACUUCACCUGUGUCACAUGACUUACACAUUGAAGGCAAAGGAUGAGAAUCUAGCAAGAUGUCAACACUGGAAGCAGCCUGCAGCACGUUUUAGAUUGACAACGCCCUCGUGCGUGAGACUGGCCAAUCAUCUACCGGAAAACUGAUCCCGUGGGUUUUUUGGGCCAAUCAGAGCGCUUCUACCACAGCCUCUGACUCUUCAACUUCCUAGCGGGAAGUAUCCACCGAAGCUACUCGAAAGCAGCAGGAAUUAAAGAUGAGACUGUCCCGAGCUGAAUAUAAAGAUAUAGUGAGGGCGACUGAACAACUGAGACCUACACGACAAUGUAUGAAGAUCCUAAAGGACAGAUUUCCUAAUCACUCGCAGUCCACCCUUCUGAGCAUCUUCUCCCUGGAGUACCAGAAACGAACUAAAAGGACAAUAUCAAGGCAUCAUGCAGCAGAUGUUGUUGAAAGUCACUACCAAAGGUAUCUGAAUGAAGCGAAGGCACGGCCCGCCGCUCCCGUCCUGCUGGAGAUGGCCAAUGAGGUGGAUCUGUCUCCUGCUCUGAUGGGUCGACUCAUCCUGGACAGAUUUCUUCAGGACGUGAGCGGUGAAAUGCAUUCCAAAGCGGUUUUGAACAGCAUGUUGAAGGAGCCAUCACUAAUUCCAGAUCAAGUACUGGCCAACAAUAUCUACCAGUGCACAAUAAAUGACUGCUGUUAUGGACCGCUGGUGGACUGCAUCAAACAUGCUAUCGGCCAAGAGCAUGAGGUACUCCUGCGUGAUAAGCUUAAAGAGAGGAAUCUUUCUUUUCUUGAUGAAAACAAGCUAAGAACUAUGGGCUAUGAUAAAACACCUGACAUCAUUCUUGAGGUUCCAAUUGCUGUGGAGGGACACAUUGUGCACUGGAUUGAAAGCAAAGCUUCUUUUGGAGACGAUUACAGCCAUCGCACAUACCUCAACGAACAGUUUUGGAGCUAUUGGAACAGGUUUGGUCCUGGACUCGUCAUAUACUGGUAUGGUUUUAUCGGAGAACUGGACUGCCAAAGAGACCGAGGUAUCCUACUCAAAGACUGCUUCCCCACUGACAUAGUCACCCUUUGCCAUACCUCCCAUCAACAAUCACCAGAGAAGGAGGACAAUGAUUGAGAAAAGUCGGAAGUGAUAAAAGAUAAAUUAGAAGGAUGGAAGGUUGAAUGGGAGGAAAGGGGAGGGAGGCUAAGAGGUGGACUAUGAACUAUGCAAGGGUGGAUGCCUAGAUCCGGAAGCAAUUUGGCUUUCCUGUAGCGUAAUACGACUCGUGAAAAAUCUGCCCUGAACUCCACCUGACCCCCGUUUCUGCAUCUCUUGUUUUGCUCAUCCUCUGUCUUAAAGUGACUGCUCAGAACCGCAUUCUGCAGUUGUGAAAAACCAGACAGCUCGUGCACAACCACCUGGCCCUUGGAUGGCCUCUGGCAGAGGACACCCACAGUACGAUCAGAACCAAAGCAGGACACAAGACCCCUUUCUUAUCACUCCCAAAGCCCUGGCCUUUGUCACUCCUUCCUCCUCCGUUCCAUUGGCAGAUAAGAGAGGUGCGGUCUGGAUGUUUGGUGGACGUCUGUCUCUCACCUGCGUCACUCGGUGCCCUCUCAGUCACUCUUCAGGAGGGCUAAACCGGAUGAUUUCUGAUUUAAACCGGCCUCCCUCUGACCUUUUUUUUU